AUGGAUAUAGAAGAAGCCAAAAAAUUUGCGAGAGAUAAGAUUGCAGCAGAUGAUAUGUUACUGCAAGUAAGAAAUGUUAUAAAAGAAACAAAAUGGCAAAAACAAGAUAUGAGAGAGGGAUUUAAAGAAACAUUUAAACCACUUAUUAAAUCUCAAGAUAGCAUUAAAAAAAGUAUCGAUGAGCAACAAAACGCAACUAUAGAACAACUUAAAAAAAAUCAACUUGCUCUUACACAAGGUCUUAAUCAAAACAGACUUGCUAUAACUGAAGGAUUUGAUAAACUUGACGAAGUAAAAAAAUGGGAUUUGGCUCAAUUACCUGGUUUUGAGGCGAUUGAAGAGUCUAAAGAAGAUGAUGGUGUUUUACCCUCUACAUCAGAGGAAGGACCAAAAAUAGCAAAAUUUACACCUGAAGACCUCGAUAGAAAUUUAAUGAAUAAAGAAGCACAAGAUAUACUAAAAUCGAAUGGUUAUGAUAAUCUUCCUUCUGAGUAUUUUGAAGAGGAUGUUUCUACUAUUGAUAAAUUAAUCGAGGAUGUUAAUGAAGAUUUAGGAGAGACUAGUAAAGCAAUAAAAAAUACCGCAGUUUUUGAACAUGAUUCAAACGGUUAUUUUAUAGCUAAACCAGUAAAUAAAAAUCCACGUGAAAACACAAAAAAUUUUAUAAAAAAAUAUAACACAUUAAGCAUAUAUGCAACAAAUUUAAGUAAUCUUAAGUAUUACAAAACAAAAUCUGGCUCUGGAAUGAUUUACUUUAACAACCCACAUCAACUUCUAGACAGACUUGAACUACUCGGUGGAUCAAUUCUAGCUGGUAAUAACGGUGUGAUAAAUGAGUUUUCUCAAAUAGCUCAUCUUCUAAACCAAAUGAAAGUGAUCUCAAAAAAACAACUUAACGAUUUACUAAAAAAAUACCUAGUAUAAGGGAAAGGGGGUUAUGGGGGAAAACCGUAGGUUUUCACCCAUUAUGUAAACAGAAGAUAAAAUGGAAGAACGAGCUAUUCAUAUUUCUUCAAUAAAUAGGGAAAAAAGAGGAACAAGCAGACCUGGUGAUUUUACUAUUAAGUUUAACCCAUCUCUGAAACUUGAUCCUGAUAAGAAACAUCAACUUGCUCUUGAUCGAUUGUCAAUGACUUACUCAUGGUACAACAUUAGAAGUGAUUAUGGAAACAAUAAGAUUAAAUACACUCAUGAUGGAUCCGCCUGGCAAACAAUUACUUUUGUAGAUGGAAUGUAUUCCUACUCAGAUAUCAAUGAUUACAUUCAUCAGUACAUGGACCAAAAGUCUCACCACGCAACAGAUUCUAAAGGAGUAAAAAAGUAUUCAAUCAAUCUAACUUUUAUACUAUCCACCUAUCGAGUGUUAGUAUCACUCGAUGGUGAUUAUCAACUUGAUCUUAGAGGAACAGAAUUUGGAGACCUGAUUGGAUUUGAAAAGAAAGUUAUUACAAAAACAGAGUAUGGAUCAAAACUACCAAAUAUAACAAAUUCGAUUGAUGUGUUAAAUAUCAACACAACGGCGAUAACUGAUAGUAUUGUAAAUGGAAUAAAUACUAAUACCGUUGCUGUGAUACCAACUGAUAACCUCACAAGGUCUUAUCCAUUUACUUUCGAACCUAAAAGACCAUUGUAUUGCCCUGUCUCUUCAUUUCACAUUGAUGAAAUGAGAAUCUAUGUGACAGACUCACUUGGAAGACCAGUAAAUUUCAACGGUAUAGAUUGGUUUAUGACUUUGAUACUCCACUCUAUGUAAUGGGUGGGGGAACCUACGGUUCCCCCAAAACCCCCUCCCUUGGCUACGCCGCGUUAAUAUAUAACUAUUAUAAUAAAAUGACGCGACAAUCAGAGUAUAAAAAAAGAUUUGACCCUGAAUUGGGCAGAUUUACAAAACAACACGUUUAUGGAGAAGGAAUAACAGAUGUUUUAAAAUCGUUUGGUUCAAAAUUAUUUGGAAAUACAGUAAAAUCUGCUGCUAAAAAAGGAGCUAAAAAAGCAGUGACAGCAGCUGCAACAAAAACCGGUGAAUAUGCUGGUAAAAAGGCUGGUGAUAAGAUAGUGCAAAUGUUAUCAAAAGGGAGGGUUGCGAGCCCUGCGGGCAGCCCCCGAAACCCCCCUGCUAAAAAAGUUACUUUUAAACCAGUUCCAAAAAAUACUCAACAAGAUAUAAAUCGAAGAGUGAAUGCCAUUUUGAGCGGGGGUAAAAUUAUAUAAUUAUUAAAAUAAAAUGAAGUCCUUUAGAAAUCCAGAAUUUUUAGAAAGAUAUGAAGAUGUUGUUUUUGACCUUGAACAGGCUUUAGCCACACCUGGAAAUAAUGCUCAUCAAACUAAAACAGAACAUAGAUUUGUUGCUGAUAACACAGGUGAAGCAACUCCAUUUGAUUGGUAUAACGCGCGAUUUUCAGUAGAUUUCAAAGUUAAUCAGCUAGCUGCUGGAGCUAAUAUAGAUGCUGAUGGUGACCAGAUGGGAAUAGUAAAUGGUAGUAAUUCUCUUGUAGAAAAAUUAACCAUCCUAGCAAAUGGACGAGAUGUUUACAGUUGCAACUAUGCUAAUCAUAUUGUAAAUAUCAAAAAUUUGCUUGAGUAUAAUUCUUCCUAUGUUGAGAGUGUAGCUACAAAUGAAUUUUACUAUCUUGAUACAACAAGACACGCUGAAAGACAAAAGUUUACCAGCGGAAAUGUAAGAAAUGCCGCAGGUGAUGGACAAACAGCAGCACUUUUAACCUCUGUAGCUAAUUAUAACAAAGGUUUUGCUGUGAGAAAAGCAUUACUAGGCGACUCAGCAACAGUGCGAUGUGAUAUUCCCCUCAACAGAUAUUCUUUCUUUGAGGCAUUGGAGGAUAAACUUCUUCCAAAUACAAAAAUUGAAAUAAAAAUUGAACUAGAAUCGGAUGACAAUCUCAUCUGGCGAGCUGGCGGAAAUGAUUGUAGAGUUAUACUAACAAGAUUACAACUAUUUGUCCCAAGAAUAACAUUUAGCAAAAAAGGACAAGACAUAUACUUGAAAAAUUAUCUCAAGCCAUACAAAUGGAAGUAUCUUAAUGAAGUAGUAGAGCGAUCAAAUAACUCUCAACAGCAAACAGGACAAUUCAGAAUUACAAAUGCUAUCUCAAAACCUCGCCAUGUCUUUGUUUUUGCAAUUAACACAGCUAAUAUUGAAUCACAAACAGCAAAUCCAUUUUUAUAUAACACUUUUAAUUUACCAAACAAUGCUAAUAUAUCUCGAUGUUAUCUCGAGGUAGGAAAUGGAAAUGAAUACCCUGAUAUUCACUUUAAACCAGCUACAGAUCCAGCUAGAGUGUUUCGAGAAGUAAUGUCAUACGUAUAUGCAAAUAAUGACUUUCAAGGCGGAACACUUCUCACUAGAACAAAUUUUGAAAAUUUAUUUCCUUUUGUUUAUUUUGAUCUUACAAAACAAAAAAUAGAUAUCAAAGAUGGAGUUACAAAACUCGCAUUUCACUAUGAGUUAUCUGCUAAUCCAAACGCUGAUUAUAAUAUUUACGCUCUGGUGCUUCAUGAGCGAGAGGCAGAAAUAGAACAACAAGGAGGAAAACUAUUGCUUAGAGCUUAA